AGGAGGCGGUGGGCGCUCGGCGGGGGUCUGGCUAGUCAGCUGAGCGCAGAGGCUCACAGUUCAGGCGAGGCGGGCGGCUGGAGGGAUUCGAGAUCCCGAGAAACGAGCACGUCAUGCGGCCAGUGUGGAUCUGUUGGACGCUCAUGGCGGCCCCGUUGCAGGUGGCGGUCCUGGGCGGGCCGCCUUCGCCAUGCGUGAGAGGCUUCUCGCAGGAGGAAUACACGGUGGAGACGGAGCGAGAACUGGAACAGGGACAGGCCGUCGGCAACGUGAGCUUCCGGGACUGCGACGACGGCAGCGGCGGAGGGAAGGUGCGUCUCCAAGCUGACGACGCGUCCGAUUUCCACGUAAGCCAGGAUGGUGUGGUCUACACGCUGAAUCACACCGGACCAGGGGAGAAAACGGCGCUGAUCUACGCUCGAGACCCUCACACCAGACAGAUCUGGAAAACCAGAGUGCACCUUCUAGUCCAGCCCUACUCGGAGAGAAAUGGACGGGUGAAGCCCGGUGAUGCAACACUGACUCAGCGUGCAGCCGAGAUGAAGACGUUGUUUCCGUGGCGCAGCGGCGGCGGCGGCAGCCGCGCGGUCGUCAGGGGCGACGGUGCUCUGCGGCGAGUCAAGAGGGACUGGGUCAUUCCGCCCAUCAACGUACCCGAGAACUCGCGAGGACAGUUCCCCGAGGACCUUGUCAGAAUCCGAUCAGACCGGGACAAGAGCUGGAUGCUUCGCUACAGCGUAACGGGUCCCGGGGCCGACCAGCCGCCGACGGGCAUCUUCAUCAUCAAUCCCAUCUCGGGUCAGCUGUCCGUCACCAAGCCUCUUGACCGGGAGCACAUUCCCAACUUUCAUUUGCGCGCCCACGCUGUGGACCUGAACGGCAACCAGGUGGAGACACCCGUGGAGAUCCACAUCAACGUCAUCGACCAGAACGACAACCGGCCUGAGUUCAUGCACAACAUCUUCAAUGGCAGCGUGCCGGAGGGCUCCAAGCCGGGGACCUUUGUGAUGACUGUGAUGGCGGUGGACAAGGAUGAUCCCAAGACGGCCAAUGGGAUGCUGCGAUACAAGAUCCUGACUCAGAGUCCCCAAAGCCCGUCCUCCAACAUGUUCACCAUUAACAACAAGACUGGUGACAUCAUCUCCGUGGCAGCAGGCCUGGACCGCGAGAAAGUGUCUCAGUACACGUUGAUCAUCCAAGCCACCGACAUGGAAGGCAACCCCACUUACGGCCUUUCCAACACCGCCACCACCGUCGUCAGGAUCACCGACGUCAACGACAACCCGCCUGAAUUCACCACCGAUACGUUCUUCGGCGAGGUCCACGAGAACCUGGUGAACGUGAUCGUGACCAACCUGACGGUGACGGACAAGGACCAGCCGCACUCGACGGCCUGGAACGCCGUUUACCGCAUCGUCGGCGGAGACCCCGACGGGCGCUUCUCCAUCCCCACCGACCCCUCCACCAACGAGGGGCUCCUCACCGUGGUCAAGCCCAUCGACUUUGAGCUGACUCGCUCGUUCGUGCUGAACGUGGAGGCGGAAAACGAGGCCCCGCUGGCCCGCGGCAUCCAUCCGCCGCGCCAGUCCACCGCCACCGUCUCCAUCCGCAUCCUGGAUCUCAACGAGAGUCCCGAGUUCAGCCCCAAUCCCAAACCCAUCAAGUUGGACGAGGGCAUGCCCGCCGGCUCGAUGCUCACCACUUUCACGGCGCAGGACCCCGACCGCUUCAUGAGGCAGACCAUUCGGUACUCCAAGAUGUUCGACCCCGCCAACUGGCUGGAGAUCGACCCGGUCAACGGGCGCAUCUCCACCAUCGCCGUCCUGGACCGCGAAUCUCCGUACGUCAAGAACAACAUGUACAACAUCACCUUCAUGGCCGCUGACAACGGUGUGCCCCCCGCCAGUGGUACGGGCACCCUUCAGUUGUACCUGGUGGACAUCAACGACAACGCGCCGCACGUCUUCCCUCCGGAGGUGGAGAUGUGCGAGAGGCCCGAGGCUGGCGGCGGCAUCAUCAACAUCACCGCUGUCGACCCGGAUCUCGGUUCCAAUGCCGGGCCCUUCGCCUUCGAGCUGCCCACCCGCCCGCCCGACAUUCGACGCAACUGGACGCUCGGCCGACUCAGCGGUGAACACGCUCAGCUGCGUCUGCGCGCCGGCCCGCUGGCGCACGGCGUCUACGCCGUGUCCGUCGUCAUCACCGACUCGGGCAACCCGCCCAUGUCCAAGACGUCGUACCUGCGCGUCAAGGUGUGCCGCUGCGACCGCCACGGAGACUGCGUGGACGUGCAGCGCGUCAUGGCCGCCGGCUUGGGCAUGGGCGCCGUCAUCGGCAUCCUCAUCUGCAUCAUCGUGCUGCUCGUGUUGGUGCUGCUGUUGGGCGUGUGGAUGAAAAGGCGCGACAAAGAGCGGCAGGCCAAGCAGCUCCUCAUCGAUCCCGAGGACGACGUGCGUGACAACAUCCUCAAAUACGACGAGGAGGGCGGCGGCGAGGAGGACCAGGACUACGACCUGAGCCAGCUGCAGCAGCCCGACUCGGCGGCGGAGGGCGAGUGCGGCGCCAAGGUCGGCGUCAGACGUCUGGACGAGAGGCCGCUUCAUCACGACCACCGCUACCCGCUCAGGUCUGCCGCGCCGCACCCGGGAGACAUCGGCGACUUCAUCCACGAGGGGCUGAAGGCGGCGGACAACGACCCGACGGCGCCGCCGUACGACUCGCUGCUGGUGUUCGACUACGAGGGCGGCGGCUCGACGGCCGGCUCGCUCAGCAGCCUGCACUCGGCCUCCAGCUGCGCCGACCAGGACUACGACUACCUCGGCGACUGGGGUCCCAGGUUCCGGAAGCUGGCCGACCUCUACGGCGGCGACGACUGAGGGCGGUACCGACCGCGCCCGACCCGUGAAUCCGCCCCCGGCCCCUCGGGGCGCUUUUGAUUCGGGACGCGUGGUGGAGACGCGGACUUCCACUUGAAUCUCACACGAACACUGAGGUCAAACGUGCCUUUCUGUACAUUCUCCUUGACUUGCGCUGGCUCGGACUGGUCGAUUUGGAGCACCGGUAGGCAAAGUGUGGCCCGCGGGUCACAGGCGGUCCGCCGACUUUUUACGUUAUCGAGACUCUUGUGAUGAAUUCAGCCCGGUUUUCCUUCAAUUGAUUAUUUUUAUUUUAUUUGGUAAAUGGAUUUAUUGUAAAUAACUCAAUAAGCACUGACGAAACAUCGCAAAAUAUUCAAUUGAAUAAUUGGUCAAUGAAUCAUAUUUGUUGGUCACAGGAUGACAAGGUAACAAAUGAGAAUUACGCCCCCGACCCCCCAUUUUUAAUUUGUACUUUUUGAUUUCGAAUGGAUUUUUACUCAUUCCCAACACUUGACAUGGACACUGGAAUAAAUUAUAGUCAUAUUCUUAUUUAUUUUAUUAAAUGUUGUUAGUUAUAUUCAUAACAAAAAAAUACAAUUUUACGUUUCACGUUACCAAUCAAAAAAUUAGCGUCCAAUUGGAAAAUUGAUUCUAAAGUUCUAAAAUAUUAAAUGUAUGAAACAAGUACAAUUAAAGAAUGAUCAAAAGUAGAAAGAAUGUAUUCAUUCUGAAAAUUAUUUUACAUAUUUGACAUCCACAUUUCAGCAUUUUUAUUCAUUAAAUAAUGGUUCGUGAAUUAUCAAAAGUUCUUCAACAUUCUUUUGUCAACACUUUGAAGAAACGCAAGGAAUUUAUUUUUUUUUACUGAUUCACUUAAUU